UUUUAACAAUAAUGAUGAACGAAAACAUUUUGCAAUGGAACGUGAGAGGGUUAAAAAAUAAUGAAGAAGGAUUACAACGAAUAAUUAGAUAUAAACAACCAAUGGUAAUAGCGCUACAGGAAACCCAUCUUCUACCCGGGAAGAAAUAUCACCUCCGGGGUUUUUCCUGCGUAAGCAGGGAAAUCCAUCCCGAACCCGGUGGAAGGGCGCAUGGUGGAGUAGCGCUAUACAUAAACGAAAAAUUCAAAUACGACAAACUGACGUUACAUACUGAAAUACAAGCGAUCGCAAUAAAAAUAAAAACUCCAUUGGAGAUGAUCUUAUGCAAUAUCUACCUCCCAGAUAGAAGGUGGCACCAUACAGAAAUUAAAAGAAUAAUAGAUCAACUACCUCGUCCCUGCCUGAUACUAGGAGACUUCAACUCCGACAAUACAAUGUGGGGGUCGGAGACGACGGACUCCAGGGGCGAUCGUAUAGAAGAUAUUAUAGAUGAAUACGGUAUGGUGCUACUUAACAAUGGAAACCCGACGUAUAUUAGUAUUUAUACUGGAAGAUUCAGUGCGAUCGACUUGAGUUUCGCCUGUCCGUCCAUUGCCGCUAGCCUCUCAUGGAACACUUUAAACGACGAAUAUAACAGCGAUCACGUGCCAAUUAUCAUUGAAACUACCAUUCGUAACACGCUUUAUACCCCCGCGAUCAGAUACAACCUUCGUAAGGACGACUGGAAAACUUUCACAAGUGCCCUGAAUAUUUCAGAUAUGAGUGGGGACGUGGAACGAGACGUCCACAUCCUCACAGAAAAUGUAAAACAGGCCGCCGAGCACUCAGUGCCCAAAACAGGAGGAACCCCCAUUCGUCGAAAAGGGGUGCCGUGGUGGACUGAGGAGUGUAAGGCGGCAAACAAAGAAAAGAAAAGGGCGCUUAAAAAAUUGAAAAGAAGU